CACAACCGCAGCGUGCAACAUUUCACGUUCCCACCGUUCUCUUAAUACAUCCAAGUUCACUACUGUUUCUGUAUGUGAUGAAUUAAUUAGCUUUAUGUAUCCCUGUUAACCCAUAGACAGUAUGUGUUAACCAGACAAUACGGCGGUUUUAGCUUUACAUGCAGCAUGCAACCCGUAAAUGCACCCGGAGUCUUUCCCUUUGAUGUAACGUAGUCGACAAGAAACAACCAAAACUUUAUUACCAGCUGCCAUGGCCUCAGGUGGGGCCCCAGUGCCAGGGGCCACCCAUUUAGCCACCAAGGUGGAGCUGACCAUCUCCUGUGAGAACCUCAUGGACAUGGACAUCUUGUCUAAGUCUGACCCUCUGUGUGCCUUGUACAUCAACACUUCAGGCUCCCACUGGCAUGAGUUUGGACGCACAGAGAUGAUCCUGAACUGCCUGAAUCCAAAGUUUGCCAAGAAGUUUGUGAUAGACUACUAUUUCGAGGUGGUGCAGAGGCUGAAGUUUUGCGUGUAUGAUAUUGACAAUACCACCUAUGACCUGAGUGAUGAUGAUUUUCUGGGGGAGCUUGAAUGUACCCUGGGCCAGAUUGUUUCUAGCAGGCAGAUAACUCGAUCUUUAUUGCUGGAGGACAAGAGGCCUGCAGGUCAUGGGACCAUCACAAUCUGUGCUGAAGAAAUAACCGAUAACAGAGUGGUAAACUUUGAGGUGUCAGCCCGCAGGCUGGACAAAAAGUUUUUGUGGUGGUCCGACCCUUUCCUGGAAUUCUACAAGCAUACAGAAACUGGAUGGCAGCUGGCUCACAGAACAGAGGUGGUAAAGGACAACCUCAACCCAAUAUGGAGACCCUUCCGCAUCUCAUUGCGAUCUCUCUGUGGAGGAGAUGUGGAGAGACCUAUAAAGGUUGAUUGUUUUGAUCACCAUGUCAACGGCUCCCAUGACCUUAUUGGGAGCUUUAAAGCCACACUUGCGGAGAUGCAAAUGGGAACACACAUUUCCCCGGCUGAAUUUGAGUGCAUUUCCCCCAAAAAGUUAAAGAAGAGAAACUAUAAAAACUCUGGGGUCAUUUGCAUCAAGAACUGUCAGGUGGUGAAGGAGUACACCUUCCUGGAUUAUAUAAUGGGGGGUUGUCAAAUCAACUUCACUAUCGCCAUCGACUUCACGGGCUCUAACGGGCAUCCCAGCUCUCCCCAGUCCCUCCAUUACAUCAACCCUGAAGGCUAUAAUGAAUACCUGACAGCCAUCUGGGCAGUGGGUAAUAUCAUCCAGGACUAUGACAGUAACAAGAUGUUUCCUGUCUUUGGUUUUGGAGCCCAGGUCCCUCCCUCUGGGCAGGUUUCCCAUGAAUUUCCUAUCAAUUUCAAUCCAGCAAAUCCAUUCUGCGCCGGCAUAGAGGGUGUGGUGCAGGCCUACCGGCACUGUCUACCCCAGUUGAAGCUCUGGGGCCCCACCAACUUCUCUCCGAUUAUCAACCAUGUAGCCUACUUCGCCAGACAAGCUCUCCGGCAGAAUAUGGCCUCACAAUACUUUGUGCUGCUCAUCAUCACAGAUGGAGUGAUCACAGACCUGGAUCAGACACGCACUGCUAUUGUGGAGGCCUCACGUCUUCCCAUGUCUAUCAUUAUAGUGGGUGUGGGCGGGGCAGACUUCAGCGAAAUGGAGGCCCUUGAUAGUGAUGACAAAUUGCUGUGUUCAGCCAGGGGCGAUGUUGCUUCAAGAGACAUCGUCCAGUUUGUGCCCUUCAGAGAUUUCCAAGGAAACAGCGUGGCCCUUGCCCAGAGUGUCCUGGCGGAGCUGCCUGAUCAAGUGGCCUCCUUCUUCAGAUCUUACAAGCUGAAACCCCCUAAUACAUUCAGUGUUUCUGACACGUCCUAGAAAGGCACUGAGCUGGGAAAGGGUCGUGGUCGGGCGUUGGACCGGUUGUGUCAGCGAGAAGUCUGAGGAAGAGCCUGGUGCCCGAAAUGUUUCACAGCAUUAAAAAUCCUUCUAACGGGAGCUAUUUGGUUUGAGGAUCUAUUUAUUUAAAUGAUAUGUCUUUGAUCCAGCACCCAUCCUAUUUGGCAUGGGGAUGUGCAUAUCUUUUUUUAAAACAUUUCUUACAUGUUGUGUCAGCACCAUCACCCUGAUAUGACACUGUUUUUUCAGAACUUGUUCACAAGUCCUGGUUGCUUCUGUACAUUUGACCAAAAUUUAAUAUAUCUAUAAGAUUAUUUAAUUUUUAACGUGAUGUUUAAUUUAGUACCAAGUUUGAGCUUUUCCCUGAUACUGUGGGUUUUUGGCAGAUGUUACAUUUUAGGAAACAUGUGUAAGCAGUUCUAAAAAGUGUAAAUAUAUCUUUUUUUCACUAUA